AUGGCAGUGAGCAACAACAUCACAGGAGCACUGAAUUUUGUAGCUAUGAUAUUAUCGGUGUCAAUUAUAGGAAGAGGCAUCUGGCUGGCCACUAGGGAGGAUGCAGAGUGUGCUUUGUGGAUGCCUUCUGGAGUGUCCAAUAUUUCUAGUGAUAUAUUUGAUAUUGAUGCUUCUCUUCAUUUUUCUGUUGUUACCAACAAGGGAGGUGGGCACACUGUUCCUAGUAGGAAUUAUAAGGAAUACCAAAUCAAUGAUUUUUCGGGCUGGCUGAGAAAUUAUGUUGAAAAAUGUAGCCACUGGAAUCGGAUUGAAAGGUGUUUAAGUUCUUCUGAAGAGCGCCGAAAGCUGAAUCAGAAGUACCUGAGUGCCCAAUAUUUCUUCAAUGCUCACCUCACUCCGCUGGAGAUAAUUUGGGGGUAA